GAUUGGGCGCUGCGCGGAGGCUGGCCCGAGUCGGUUGCCAGGGCGACGCCUGCGGAGAUGGCUGCUGCGUCUUCCUCGGAUUCAGACGGCGGCAGAGCUGAGAGCAGUGAAGCCAAUUCGAAAUGGCUGGACGCACACUACGACCCCAUGGCCAACAUCCACACCUUUUCUGCCUGCCUGGCGCUGGCAGAUUUGCAUGGGGACGGGGAGUACAAGCUGGUGGUGGGAGACCUUGGCCCAGGUGGGCAGCAGCCCCGCCUGAAGGUGUUUAAAGGACCCACGGUGCUGAGUGAAAGCCCACUGCCCGCACUGCCAGCUGCCGCUGCCACCUUCCUCAUGGAGCAACACGAGCCCCGGACACCAGCUCUGGCACUCGCGUCGGGCCCUUGCGUGUAUGUGUAUAAGAAUCUCAGGCCCUACUUCAAGUUCAGCCUGCCCGACUUGCCUCCAAACCCCCUGGAGCAAGACCUUUGGAACCAGGCCAAAGAGGACCGCAUUGACCCCUUGACCCUGAAGGAGAUGCUGGAGGGCAUCCGGGAGAAGGCAGAGGUGCCUUUGUCUGUACAGUCGCUCAGGUUUCUGCAGCUGGAGCUGAGGGACAUGGAGGCGUUCGUGAACCAGCACAAGUCCAAGCCCAUCAGGCGGCAGACGGUCAUCACCACCAUGGCCACCUUAAAGAAGAACCUGGCCGAUGAGGACGCCGUGUCCUGCCUGGUGCUGGGCACUGAGAACAAGGAGCUCCUGGUGCUGGACCCGGGGGCCUUCACCAUCUCGGCCCAGAUGAGCCUACCCAGCGUCCCCGUCUUCCUGGAGGUUUCUGGCCAGUUCGACGUGGAGUUCCGUCUUGCCGCCGCCUGCCGCAAUGGGAACAUCUAUAUGCUGAGGAGAGACUCCAAGCGCCCCAAGUACUGCAUCGAGCUGAGCGCCCAGCCUGUGGGGCUUGUCCGGGUACACAAGAUCCUGGUGGUGGGCAGCAACCAAGACAGCCUGCACGGCUUCACCCACAAGGGUAAGAAGCUGUGGACAGUGCCGAUGCCUGCAGCCAUCCUGACCAUGAACCUCCUGGAGCAGCAGUCCCGGGGCCUGCAGGCCGUCAUGGCCGGGCUGGCCAAUGGGGAGGUCCGCAUUUACCACGACAAGGCCCUGCUCAACGUCAUCCGCACGCCGGAUGCAGUGACCAGCCUUUGUUUUGGCCGCUGUGGGAGAGAAGACAACACCCUCAUCAUGACCACACGAGGCGGGGGCCUGCUUAUCAAGAUUCUGAAGCGCACAGCAGUGUUCACGGAGGGGGGCGGUGAGGCCGGCCCCCCACCAGCCCAGGCCAUGAAACUCAACGUGCCCCGAAAGACCCGGCUUUAUGUGGAUCAGACCCUGCGAGAGCGGGAAGCUGGCACCGCCAUGCACCGGGCCUUCCAGGCAGACCUCUACCUGCUGCGCCUCCGGGCCGCCCGUGCCUACGUGCAGGCCCUCGAGUCCAGCCUGAGCCCUGUGUCCGCAACCGCCCGGGAGCCGCUCAAGCUGCACGCUGUGGUUCAGGGCCUGGGCCCCACCUUUAAGCUGACGCUGCACCUGCAGAACAUCUCUGCAGCCCGGCCCAUCGUGGGGCUGCAGGUCUGCUUCCUGUACAACGAGGUGCUCUAUGCCCUGCCCCGGGCCUUCUUCAAGGUCCCCAUGCUGGUGCCAGGGCUCAGCUACCCCCUGGAGACCUUUGUGGAGAGUCUCAGUGACAAGGGCAUCUCAGACAUUAUCAAGGUGCUGGUGCUUCGAGAAGGCCAGAGUGCACCGCUGCUUAGUGCCCACAUCAACAUGCCCGUGAGUGAGGGGCUGGCAGCCGCCUGACCCCUGGGCUGAUGCUAAAGCCCCUGUGGAAUCAGGACCAGGAAGAUCCAGCCCCUUCCUCUGAGCCGGGCAGAAUCACUGCCCCCAGGCCCACUCCCAGGCAGCGGCAUGCUGGGGUGCCAGCCUCCCCUCCUCUCCUAAGUGCCCCUUUCUCACCACCUGACCAGAGACCUGUAGCAGCAAGUCAGUGAAUACCUGGGAGGUUCAGGUCUUUGCGCCCCAGGAAGCCCAGACAUUGGCCCUCGGACUCCUGCUGCUCUUCUGCUCUCCCCACUUUCCCCAGAAACCAGACCCAGGUCUGAAGGAAGAGUUCCCAGUGGUUAAGGUGAGAUGAGGGCAUAGGCCCAGCUGCUUCCUCUAGGCACCUCGCUCUGCUGUGCUGCAGAAUUGGCAAGGGCCCAGCCUGGACAAUAGGCUUUACUUGGGUGAUGCUGAACCCUCUCUGGUUCCCUGGGGUUCCAGAGGCUUGGCUGCUGCCAGCUGAGCUUGCAAGCAAAACACAUGCUCUGAUCUUCCUUCGUGACCUCAGCAAGGGGCCCCUCUCGCUGCUCAAGGGGCCCUGAAAAUAAAUGCCUUCCUGGGGGCUGUUCUGAAGUCUUGGGCUCAGCCAAGCCCUCAGGCCUGUGAUGCUCCAUUAAGAUUGCCAAGGGAGAAGCUGGUACGGGAGGGGAGAGGGUGCCCGUUCAGGGAGCCCCCACCAGGCUUCUGCAGACCACACAGCUGCUGCUCCUUGGAGGCUCGGGCCCAGAAAGCCUCCCAGGAAAGGAGGGCUCGGCUAGACAGAGCAGAGUGGGGCAGGAGCACACAAGAAAGGCAUCUCUGGGGUCCUGGGGGCACAGGAGGCAGAAGCCCAGAACCGCUAGUCAAGACGCUCUUCUGUGCCCUGGAGCCCAGGUGAGUCAGGUGAGCGGCACGUCCCCAGGGCAGUGGCCACAGUUGAGAGAUUAGCUGCAAAGACACAGACUGUGGUAUGGUGUGAAGCUGAAGACAAAAUGAAGGCGCAGGUCUAGACCAGAAGGGCCAGAGAGCCACAGUCCAGCCCUUGCUGCCUCCUGGAGCCCCUGGCUGGUCUGCCUGGCCCACCUCACCGCCUUCUUCUGGGUUAGUGCCACCAGGGCCCCCAGAGCCAUUUGUGAGCCACAAGCCCUACUCCCUGAGGAAGGACCAGCAUCUUCCUCUGUCUGAGCAGGCGCAGCCCAGCGUGGCCAACAGCUCUGGCGGGGGGCAAGUCACCCAAUCCCUGCGUGUUUCGGCCUCCCCAAGUGUAAAAUGAGGCGGUUUGACCAGGUUCAGCUCUUUAAGAUCCUAGAGCCUGGCAGCCCCUCUAAGGAAACAGGGAGUUAACUCCAGAAAGGGGUACUUGACGGGAUAAGUGCAGGGCUUUUGCUCUUGAGACCAAGCUGACUGAUUCUGCCAGGCGACAGCCUCUGUACCCGAGACACUGAGGGACAGCCCACAGCCACCGCCAUCCUUCCCAAGGAGGGCAUUCUGGGGCCAGGUUAAGAAGCAAGGGGUCUGGACCAAAGGAAGAGCCCACCCCCCUCCUCUCCUCCUGGUCCAGACAUGCGCAAACAUAGGCCUGUUGGUCAGUGGUCAGGAGUUCCUAGAUGCAGCCCGCCGAGGCACAGCCGGAGUAAGCCGGGGCUUAAUCUGGAGAUGGAGACGCCAGAGGGAGUGUCGCCGUCAGAGAUUUCGGCUUGACCUGAGCGUCUUCUGAGAGCUUAUCAGAGAUGAGGGCCUGCCCUGGAAGGUCCUAAGUCCCUUGUCCCUGGAGCUGUCACUGGGACCAGGCCAGACGGCCUUGCAGGCCCUUUCACUCCAGUCAAGUGAUGAACUGUGCGAACUCGGAACAAAGAGGUCCGACCUGGGUUCUCUUCGUAGUUUCAUCAUCCUGAAAAGGACAAUGAAAGUGGAGAAACUGUUCCUAAGCCCAGUACCUAACGUGAAUUUCACGUUGUCAUACUACAUACCCAUUAUUAAAAAAUACGUGACCGGCA